CGCACAGCUGCUGAACCGGCCUCUUCGUCCCGAGCAGGCCACGCUCUUCCUCCUCCCCUCGUCUUCCCCCACAAGCCCGGCUCCCCUCCACCCACCACACCCGCCGCCGAUUCCACCAUCCCGCGGCCGGGCGGCGCACCGCUUGACCCCCACAUGUGCACGCAGCGAUGAUGGCCACGGACGCCGAUCAUCGGAUCUUCACGGAUGGAGAGAACUGCAAGCCGUCGUGGCGAGAUGCGGGUGCUGAUUACGAUGAGACAGACACACAUCUGGAGAUCAUGGGAAAACCUGUCAUGGAGCGAUGGGAAACCCCAUACAUGCACAAGCUGGCUUCCGUCGCCAGCUCUAAAGGCGGACGGGUUCUGGAGAUCGGCUUUGGCAUGGCUAUCGCGGCCACCAAGGUAGAGGAGAACGACAUCACGGAGCACUGGAUCAUCGAGUGCAACGACGGCGUCUUCCAGCGCCUGCAGCAGUGGGCGACGAAGCAGCCGCACAAGAUCGUGCCACUGAAGGGGCUGUGGGAGGACGUUGUGCCAACGCUGCCGAAAGGACACUUUGAUGGGAUUCUGUACGACACCUACCCACUCUCCGAGGCGACCUGGCACACGCAUCAGUUUGACUUCAUUAAGGGUUACGCCUACGACCUCCUCAAGCCUGGCGGCGUGCUCACCUACUGCAACCUCACGUCGUGGGGCGACCUCAUGAAGAACAAGUUCACCGACAUUGAGAAGAUGUUCCAGGAGACACAGGUGCCUCAGCUCGUGGAGGCAAAGUUCAGGAAGGAAGACAUCAGCGUGGAGGUCAUGGACUUGGUGCCACCCUCAGACUGCAGAUACUACUCCUACACCAAGAUGAUCGCCCCCACCAUCAUCAAGCACUAGGCGGCACGCACGCACGCACUGGGGAAUGGCAGCAAACGCUGUUCUUGUUUAUCUUCCAGUUUCACCACUUGCACCACUUCAGUGCUUAAUUGGAGGCACGUAUUACCAAUUGUUUCCACUGGUAAGUCCGAGCUGAGCCAACACGGCGUUCUCAUGGCACAGGUCGUUUUUCCACUAGCUAUUUGCCAAGCCGAGUCAAAACCAAGCCGCGACAACGCUGCUGGCCUUUCUAGACAACUAAAUAUGCCAAGAGGAGGAGCGAGGGGGGCAAGCGGGGCCAGGGAUCAUUAAGCGGGGGCUUCGCGUGUGGUUUCGCUACGCUGUGAGUACGCAGCAUUACCACGCCAUCUACCGUGCACAGUCCCACUUAUAAAUAAAUUAAACUGGUGGUGUACUACUUUGGUGGUGUACUACUUUGGUAGUGGUGCACAUGCGCAGAUAAUAAUAAUAACAACUGAUAUUAAUCAGCAACACUGUGGCCCUAAAAUAAAUGUUCCUUCUUCAUCGCACUUAGGCCAGAGAGGAGAGAGAGUGGAUACACAAGUUGGACUCUUCGCUUUACAUCAUUGUGCUAAACUAGUUCACUGUGUAUGAAAAAACUACUCGGCCAGGCUGGAUUGGUGCGGUUUGGUUGUACGGAAGAGGUAUAAAAUGCAACUAAUCUUGUCAAUUAUUGUACUGUAAUUAGUACAGUAGUUUUUAAAAACUAAAUUCAGCACAACACUGCUGUUUUUCAAGGGACUUCUGUAUAGAUAUGCGGGUCAUUUUACCACGCGAUUCCUCCGGUUUCCUGUUUCAAAAUGAUGUUUGAUGCCUGUGGAUGAUUAAUAAAGAAAUCUGUAAAGGUGCAACCCUG